UUCGGUGAUGGAGGGAAGCUGUGUUGGCUGCUUUCAGUAGUUUUUAUUUUGUGACCGAUUUAAAUUGUAUUGUUAGGAAAAAACGUGAUGAGUGCAACAGGAGGUGAUUAAGUUCAGCUCGUGUGUAAAUUAUAUAAUCGCGGGUUAUACUGUGCGUGGCGUGAUAAUCUAUAAUUAGUUUUUUCAUGUCUCCAGUGAAAUUGUUGGUGUUAUGAUCGAUAGUUGAUUUCGAGUGAUAAUAUGGGGCAAAGUCCGAGUUCGGUGAGGAGUAAGAGCGGCCGGCAGAGGUCGUUCAGGGGUUUCGUGAGGAAGAACAAGUUGAACAAGUCUAGUUUGAGUCAUACGUUUAGUUUGCCGCCGUCUGAGGAGUACCCUGAGUUGAUGAACGUGAACACGGCGACGGAGGAGCAGUUGAUGACGUUGCCAGGGGUGAACCGGCAGCUGGCGCGGGAGAUCGUCCGCCACCGGCAGAUGAUCGGCCGCUUCAAGCGAGUUGACGACCUCGCUCUCGUCUCAGGUAUUGGAGCUGAAAAACUGGAGUUGUUAAGACCAGAGAUAUGCACGAACACUCGGAGACAGCUGUCCAGAGCAAGUUCCUGCACUCAUUCCUUAGACAGUGUCCGUCUCAACAACGAAAGCAAACUCUGUUCCGUCAACUCCUCCAGUGUAUUCCAACUGCAGUGCGUACCUGGCCUCAAUCAAGAGCUAGCAGCUAAUAUCGUCGACUACCGCAACAAAAAAGGCCCAUUCAAAUCCUUAGACGAUUUAAUAAAAGUCCGAGGAAUGGACAUUGUGAGGUUGAGCACAGUGAAGCAACACUUGAGUCUGGAACCACGUAAAUGCGAAAGUGCACAACAGUUAAAUGGCUACGCCAACGGAUGGAGAGAUCCGUCAAUAAACGAAUCUUUAUCUUAUGGGGCUACAAGCACCCCGAAGACACCGCAUAGAAAGAGUUUAUCAAUGCCAACAAAGUUUUUAGUGACGUUACCAAACGGGUUUGCUGCGGCUCCUGUGAAUGAUAUAUUAGAUUUACUCUCGGCGUAUUCACAUAGGCCUGUGGUCGAAGAAGUGUUCACGUAUGAGAGGGACGGUGUGAAGUGUUGCCGUCUCGCUUCAUGGAACCUGCACCAGCUGAGCGUAGAUAAAAUUACUAAUCCAGGAGUCAGGGAAGUGGUGUGUAGGACUAUUUUGGAAAACAAACUAUCGAUAAUAGCCAUACAAGACGUGUUAGAGGAGGCGGCCUUAAAGAUGAUAUGCGAUGAACUGAACUCUCCAGUAUUACGGCGCGUGCGCGAGUGGAGAAGCAAUAGUGCGCACUGGCAGUACUGCUUAUCUGAAAGGCUAGACAACCAAUACUUAGGGUUCAUAUUCGAAGCAACGAAUAAGGGCAUCACGAUAGAAGACCUGGACCUGGACCAGGUGUCUCUACUGACCGAAGCGAGCGGCGUCCAGCGACUAGUCGACGAAUUACUAGCGCUGCGGGGCGAGCGGUACAUUGCGGAGUCACGGGCAUUUCUCAUCUGCGGACGACCGACCAUCAUGGUGAACGUAUUCUGCGAAGGCAGCCUCAACGAUGCGGAGUGCGAACGACUCUCCAGGGUGGCUGAGCUGGCUGCUGCCGUCAGCAUUCAGCUGGUGUUCCUGGGGGAGUUCCGGGACUGGGACAAUGUACUCGCAUUACGAACGUGCCAACCGCUGCUCGACGAACAAAUCUCCACGACAGUCGACGCUCAAUACACAGGUUUGACGACGAUCCUUCACCCAGGGGUAGUAGAAAAGAGCCAUUUCAACGGCCACGCGGGGGUUGUCAAAUCGGGGCUUAGUCAUCUCGCCAUACCCCGGGGUUGGUCGUGGGGCGGCCCUGCCUCCCCCUUCUGCCCCGUCUGGGCAGAAAUCAAAGUCCCCGAUUGACAUAAAAACAAAUCCAAACACGGACACAAUGAAAACCUAGCAUACUAUCUCCCCUCAGCUCUACUAGCAAUACAAUGCUUUCUAAUAGUGUUGCUACACAUAUUCUACUUCAAUUGAGAUUACGCCGCCAUUUGCAAAUGUCAAAGAUGGCGCCAAAUAUUUUUAUUGUAAUUUCUAUGAUAUUUCCCAAUGAUAUUUCAGCCUUAACCGUAAUUAUGAACGUAUGCCAAAAUACUAAUGUAAUUAAUAUUUCUCUAUUACGUUAAAUGUUUUGCUACUAUUUUAAAUACUAAUGGAAUACAGAAAAAUAUUAUUGCUAGUGAACUUACGGUCAUGUACUGAUAUUUUUUGGAACAUCGUGAAUUUACAUCUACCAAAUAAUGUAUUUAAUAAUGGAGAGUUAUAAUAGAAAUAUUCUUAGGUCAUAACUUUUUAUUAAAUAUUUUGUUUAUUUAUUUUCAUAACAUAGUGGUAUGGUGUUUACUUCCAAUGGUGGGCAUUUAGUAUAUUAUUAUGUUACUGUAAAUAUUGUACGUUAUCAAUUUAGUGUUUAUUUAUUAUUGUAAUAAGAGUAGCAACUUUUAAUAUUUUUACGUAUAAAAAGGCCAACGUGACACUGGUUUGAAGAUAAAAUCUAUUUUUUGUCUGAAGUCAGUCAUAUUCUGGUCACCCUAGUUCAAAUAAUUAAUUAUUGGCUGUCAAUUUUGCUGUUUUACUUAAAUUUGACAAUUCUAUUUAUCGGUAGUGAAACUUUUUUGCGUCCUUAAAUCCAAAUUGUAUGAAAAUAUUGUAAAUAUUUGUAUGUAUUGAUAAGAUAAGGCAUUAUGGAGCUUUGACCAAAAAUGUGCUUUUUCGAUAAUAUGACAGUAUUUUAUUUAUUUAUUUUCACGUUCGAUUCGUUGUUUCAAGAAAUAAUGUAUAUCUAAAUGAAUUAAUUUCUUUAUGUAUGAAAUAUUUUGUGUAUUAAAACAACUGCAUGAUUGAUUCAUUCUAAAAAGCCGAUUUAUGUAUAUUAUUUCUUGAUGCAAUAGAUAUCAGUAGCUUUUAUUUACGAAUAUUUUCUUCCAAGUUUCAUAAUUUCGAAGCGUUAAAAUAUCUUCCUAUUUUUAUAAAAAUAACAGUAUUUCAAAACUUUGCGAAUCGGAAUAAAACUUAUUUAAUAAUUUAGCCUCAAUCAGUAAAUAAUUUUAUUACCUUGUGGGGCCCAUCAGUUUAUUAACUCUAAGCUAUGUAAAGGGCCACAAGUAGUUUUAUUGUAAAAGUGUUCCUUUAAUCUAAUAGCAAAUCGGUAGGUGCCUUUUAACAUUACGCCAUUUCACUACUAUAUUUUUUGUGAGAGAUAAUCUAAUGUUAGUGUGAAUAAAAUUGAUAUUGGAGUGAUGAACGGACACUAAAGUUGAAAUGGUUUAGGCGUAGUCCACAUCGAGUGAUGCUUAAAGGUAUAGUCCCAUUGAUACGUAACGUGGUCCGUAGAUUGAAUAUUUGUUUGGGGUGAAACUGUGGAGAGGCCACUCCUCUAGCUCGCUACUAUUAACUUAAAUUAAUUUAUGAUAAUAUUGAUAAAUGUCUUUAAUUCAAUGACCAAUAUCUAAGUUCACCACAGCCUCUCUAGUAAAACAUAGAAGUAUAUGUUUCAUACAAAUAUUUCACGUACGGGUCACCCCAGUGUGAAUGUACCUUAACCCUAACUUAAGUAAUUUCGGAAAAUACGCAGUCGUCUGUAUUACUAGUGAGAUCUCGUGAAAAUAUCAAAGAGAAGCAAUAUAUUUUAGGGCUAGUAAUAUGUACUCAUCUGUAUAUUAAGGUAAUAAUUCGAGAUGGAUACAACAACUUUAAGUAGGCCUUGAUCAAGACAAAGGAAUGUAUAUUUUUCAAUCGAGUUUGAAUUUAUACACUGAAAUCAUGUAGUAUAAAGUUCAUUUGGAAAGUGCGUCAUAGUAGGUUAAUGAGAGUGGCCUUUACGUUAAGCUACUUAAAAAAAACAAUCGCAAUUUUGAACCUAAUAAUAAAUAGAUAAAAUUCAAAAUGCAUUCGGAGUACUUCUCGAUGUCUACUCCGCGCUAUAUUAAAAUAUGACCUUAUUCUGAUGGAAGGUAGCCAGGAUUUGAUGCGAAAGAAAAUUUUCCACGUCGAUUUCAAACGUUCAGUGGAAGAGCCCUGAGUACAUACAGCACAUCAAGCUAUAGUGGCCUCUAAUUGUAUUGCAAUAAGUACUUUUUUGCCACAAAAUGUAAGUCCGAUGUGCUGUCACUUUACCUCUCAGUACCUGCGGAGAGCUCCGUUAAGCUUUGGCCAAACCAACACAUUCAGCUUGCGUCGACGAUGGCGAUCACUGUGCGUGCAUAGAUCGCCGCGACCAAUGACAGGACGCGUUGAUGUGAACUCAUCGCUACAAAUUCAUACACAUCAAAUUCAAAUUAUUUAUUGCAUGUCACAUGGCUAUAUGGCUAUACUGAUCGCUAUCGCGCACGCAGACUGCACGCGUUGGUUUGGCCAAACCUUUAGAUAUGUUAUCAAAUAUGUAUAUUAAGGCGUAGUUAACUCAAUGAAUUUGCACGAUUGUGAUCCAGUAUCUAGGGAAUUGUAAAUACGGAGAGAUAUCUACUUAAAUAUUUUUUUAUAUUAAAGUUAUAUUGAUCUCGUUUCGUGCUUAGAAAAUGUCGGGUGCAAUUUAUCUAUAUCUUUACAAAUAAUAGUUACUUUUAAAAGGUUAGUAGAUCUGCAGAGUUAGCGACUAUUUUCUCUACCACGACAGGAAUUCCGCGUAGAACAUUCUUUAAAUCUUGAUUUUAAUUAUUUACUGACAAAAUAUUACCCGUUUUUUGUGAUAAUUUAUAUCGUGUAUAUUUUUCAAUGUUAUAUUUCUUGGUGUAAGUUAUUGGUGAAUUAAAUUAUUGGAAUUAA